AUGUCGAAAUCAAAGAUAAUCGGUGAAUCCGAUCCUUCAUCUUCAUCUAGUCAUCGUUCAACAUUUAAUUUACCACAAUAUGAAAAAACUACAUCAAAUUUAUCAAUAAUGGUUGGUGAAAUAUUUCAAGAUAAUAUUGUUCAUGAUCAUGGUUUACUUGCUCGUGCUACCAUUCAAUCACAAAUAGCUUCACCAUUUUAUACAUCUGUUUAUGCUGCAUUAGUUUCUGUUAUUAAUAAUAAAUUUCCACACAUUGGUGAAUGA